GCACUUUCACCGCAAGAGGUCUCCAAAAUGGAUUCGAAUUUUCGUCCGUCAAGCAUGGUUGUGUUCAAACUUAACCUCACUUAAAGGAAAAAAAUUAUUUAGUAAUUAGUUGACGGCACGGAAAACACCGAAAUACAUAUAAAAAGACAUAAUUUAUACAAGGUCUGGAUGUAGAAAUUUUACAGAAUUUAAAGACACUCUUGAUAAGAUAGAAAAAAAAUAAUUCCGAGGUUUUUCGAUCAAAAUAUACAACAUGGUGCAAAGUAGGAUAUUCGCGCGGAACCGAGCCCUCGGGUACGUAAGCAAUCACAUUCCUCUGGUGACGAGGUACAUCCUGAGAAGGAAGGAGCACCUGGUGGUCACUUGCGUGGGCAGAGAGUUCCACACUUAUGGAUGCAAACACUUCACCCUGAUGAGCGUGUCGGGGAUGCAUGCCGAAGACAUCACCUGUUUGGCUACAGACACCUUCCACGUGUACACAGCUAGUGGGAAUGACAUUUAUGCCUGGCGAAGAGGAACUGAGCUGAAGCACACAUACAAGGGUCACGAAUGCGCGGUGCAUCUUCUGCUACCUUUUGGCGCCCAUCUGCUGUCCAUCGAUGAGAGCAGCACAUUAAAGGUCUGGAACAUCAAGGACGAGAAUCUACUGCUGGAGUUGAACUUUAGCAACAGCGUCUUCAAAAUAACCACAUUGAUACAUCCCAAUGCUUAUGUAAACAAAAUUUUGAUGGGUAGCGAACAGGGUCAGCUGCAGCUGUGGAACAUUAAAUUAAUGAAAAUGAUCUAUACAUUUAAAGGAUGGCAGAGCAGUGUGACAGCAUUGGAGCAAGCACCUGCGAUAGACGUGACUGCGAUAGGUCUAAACGAUGGUAGAAUCAUUCUGCAUAAUCUCAAGUUCGACGAGACCCUCUUUGAACUGGUGCAAGAUUGGGGCCCGGUGGUGUCUAUCAGCUUCCGUACGGAUGGCCAUCCCAUGAUGGCAACGGGCAGUUUAGGAGGACAAAUCGUGUUUUGGAAUCUGGAGCAACGCAAAGUGGAAAGUCAGCUGUGCAAUGCUCACGAUGGCUCCGUUACAGGUCUGAAAUAUAUUCCGAACGAGCCGCUGUUGGUUUCGUCCUCCCCUGACAAUUCCCUGAAGAUGUGGAUAUUCGAUAUGUCUGACGGUGGAGGGAGGCUCUUGAAAAUAAGGGAGGGUCACAUUGAACCUCCGACAAUCGUUCGAUUUUACGGGAACGAUGGUAAUUAUCUGUUGACCGCGGGCGGCGACUCGUCCCUCCGACUGUUUUCCACCGUCACGGAGAUACUGAACAAGAGUCUAGGAAGAGCCUCAUUCAACAGGAAAGCGUCUAAGAAGAAAGGUCGCUCGGUCGAGGAUGCGCUGCUGAUGCCGCCGAUAACCGAGCUCGCGUUCGAAGAAACACGCGAGAAGGAAUGGUGCAACAUAGCGGCCUCUCAUUCCGGUUUGGGAGUAGUCACUACCUGGUCCUCUCAUCUGCAGAAGAUGGGCGAUCUUAAACUGCUGCCCGAGAGAUUUAAAAAUAAUUAUAACGCCAGCGCGACCAGCUUAUGUUUAACCAGAUGCGGAAACUUCGUCGUAAUCGGUUACAACACGGGUCACGUUGAUAGAUUUAACAUUCAGUCUGGAAUCCAUAGGGCAGCCUAUGGGGAUAAAAAUGGUGCUCACGAGGGUCCGGUUAAAGGCGUCAUGGUCGACGAUUUGAAUCAAAUUCUCAUCACUGCCGGCAGAGAUGCGAAAAUUAAGUUUUGGGAUUUUAAACCGGGAAAAGGUAUGACAACAGCAAGGACGAUAAUAUCGCUGGAAGAGUCGGUCGAAUGGAUACGAUAUCACAAUGAGAGUUCCCUUGUAGCUGUGGCUUUAGAAAACUUUGAUAUUGUGUUGCUGGAUCUGGAUACAAGAAAGGUAGUUCGACAUUUCCAAGGACACGAGGGACGAAUCACGGACGCGUGUUUCAAUCCUGACUCUAGGUGGUUAAUCACAGCAUCUAUGGAUUGCACAAUUCGCACCUGGGACAUACCAUCUUCACACUUAAUAGAUAUUUUUCAGGUUCCUGAAGCUUGCAUAUCUUUAAAUUUCUCUCCGACAGCAGAAUUCCUUGCAACUGUUCAUGUGCGUAACAUGGGGAUUUUUUUGUGGUCAAAUCGUAUGCUGUAUUCGCAUGUAUCGUUGAAAGCUAUCAGUAAGGACGACAUAAUACCCGAAGUGUUACUCCCCGGCUCUUCUGUAGAAACUGAGAAUGCCGACGAGGACGAUGUCGUCGUCGCAGAGCCAGAUUACACGUCUCCGGAUCAGCUCGACAGUGAUCUCAUAACUAUGUCCGGUGUGGCUCAAUCGAGAUGGCAGAAUCUACUCGACAUCGACAUUAUUAAAAGGCGAAAUAAGCCGCAACAACCACCAAAAGCUCCCGAGACAGCGCCGUUCUUCCUACCCACGAUUCCGUCGUUGCAACUACGUUUUGAUUUCUCGAACGUUAAAACUGAUGACAAGACCGAAAUCGUACCUGUUAAUUCCACUUUACAAAAUCUCACGUCAUUUAAUAAAAGUCUGCAAUCAACUACUACGACUGACAAUUUUUCAGAGGUGAUAGAAAAAUUGAAAGCGAUGAAUCCCAACGAUAUCGAUUUUGAAAUUCAGUCGCUAUCUCUGGAUGAGAAUUCCGCGGAAUUGUCGAUGUUGCAAUUUAUGAAGAUGCUUCAUUACGUGAUGGAACGACAGAACGAUUUCGAAUUGUCACAAGCUUAUUUGGCAGUAUUCUUAAAGUGGCAUGGUACCGCUAUAUCGGAAAAUGAGACGCUACAAGACUACUUGCGACAGAUCCAAGAGGCACAAAUGAAAAAUUGGAAAAUACUACGAGAAAAAUUAUUUUAUAAUCUAAGUGUAGUACAACACUUGAAAAAAAUGUAAUAUAGCAUUUGAAUUAUUCGUAUAUUCACGCGUGUAAAUACUUUUAAUAAUUAUAAAAAAAUGAACACAAUAAACUGAAAUAUUUUAUAUAAAUUCGCAAUUUUUGCAUCUGCACAUAGCAUACAACUCUUCAGAAUUUACACUUACUAAUGACAAAAUAUUAAUUUUUUUUAAUUAACGUUUAUUAUGGAUACACAAUUAUAUUGCUAUU